AAGGCUACAGAAUAUCUCCAAAAAGCGCUUGUCAUCACAACUGAAAUUGGCGAUAGAAAAGAAGAAGGAUUUUGUUAUGGACAACUAGGUACUGUGGUUCUGGUUGUUCAGGCCAUAUGACAAAGCUAAAAAGUAUCUCCAAAAAGCGCUUGUCAUUGCAAUUGAAAUUGGCGACAGAAAAGGAGAAGGAUCAUAUUAUGGAAGCCUAGGUGCUGUGUUCCAGUUGUGCGGGCAAUACGACAAUGCUAAAAAGUAUCUCCAAAAAGCGCUUGUCAUCGCAAUUGAAAUUGGCGACAGGAAAGGAGAAGAUCAUAUAACGGAAGCCUGGGUGCUGUGUUCCAGUUCUGCGGGCAAUACGACACGGCUAAAGAGUAUCUCCAAAUAGCGCUUGUCAUCACAACUGAAAUUGGCGACAGAAAAAGAGGGGCAACUGACUACGGAAACCUAGGUACUGUGUUUCAUUCGCUCGGGCAAUGCGACAAAGCUAAAGAGUAUCUCCAAAAAGCGCUUGCCAUCAGAACGGAAAUUGACAACAGAAAAGGAGAGGCAGCUGACUACGGAAACCUAGGUGCUGUGUUUAAGUCGCUCGGACAAUACGACAAGGCUAAAGAGUAUCUCCAAAAAGCGCUUGUCAUCACAACUGAAAUUGGCGACAGAAAUGGAGAAAGAACAUGUUAUGGAAACCUAGGUACUGUGUUCCAGUCGCUCGGGCGAUACGACAAGGCUAAAGAGUAUAUCCAAAAAGCGCUUGUCAUCACAGCUGAGAUUGGCGACUGAAAGGGGGAAGAAUCAUGUUCUACAAGCCUAAGUAAUGUGUUCCAGUCGCUCGGACAAUACGACAAGGCUAAAGAGUAUCUCCAAAAAGCGCUUGUCAUCACAACUGAAAUUGGCGACAGAAAUGGAGAAAGAACAUGUUAUGGAAACCUAGGUACUGUGUUCCAGUCGCUCGGGCGAUACGACAAGGCUAAAGAGUAUCUCCAAAAAGCGCUUCUCAUCGCAACUGAAAUUGGCGACAGAGAAGCAGUAGGAUCAUGUUAUGUAAACCUACGUGUUGUGUUCGAGUCGCUCGGGCAUUACGACAAGGCUAAAGAGUAUCUCCAAAAAGCGCUUGCCAUUACAAGCGAGAUUGGCGACAGAAGAGGAGAAGGAUCAUGUUAUUUAAACUUAGGUACUGUGCUCCAGUCCCUCGGGCAAUACGACAAGGCUAAAAAGUAUCUUCAAAAAGAGCUUACCAUCAGAACGGCGAUUGGCGAGUUAAACGGAGAAGGAAUAUGUUAUGUAAACCUAGGUACUGUGCUCCAGUCACUCGGUCAAUACGACAAGGCUAAAGAGUAUUACCAAAAAGCGCUUGUUAUCUUAACUGAAACUGGCGACAGAGAAGCAGUAGGAUCAUGUUAUGAAAACCUAGGUACUGUUUUCCAGUCACUCGGGCUAUACGACAAAGAGUAUUACCAAAAAGCGCUUGUUAUUUCAACUGAAAUUGGCGACAGAGGAGGAGAAGGAUCAUGUUAUGGAAAUCUAGGUGAUGUGUUCAAGUCGCUCGAACAAUAGGACAAGGCUAAAGAGUAUCUCCAAAAAGCGCUUGCCAUCAAAACGGCGAUUGGCGACAGAAAAGGAGAAGAAACAUGUUAUGGAAACCUAGGUAGUGUGUUCUAGUCACUCGGGCAAUACGACAAGGCUAAAGAGUAUUACCAAAAAGUGCUUGUUAUCUCAACUGAAAUUAGCGACAUAGGAGGAGAAGGAUCAUGUUAUGGAAAUCUAGGUGCUGUGUUCAAGUCGCUCGGGCAAUACGACAUGGCUAUAGAGUAUCUCCAAAAAGCGCUUGCCAUCAUAAUUGAAAUUGGCGACAGAAAAGAAGAAGGAUCGUGUUAUGGAAACCUAGGUACUGUGUUCCGUUUGCCUGGGCAAUACGACAAGGCUAAAGAGUAUCUCCAAAAAGCGCUUGUCAUCGCAACUGAAAUUGGCGACAAAAAUGGAGAAGGAUCAUGUUAUGGAAACCUAGGUACUGUGUUCCAUUCAAUCGGGCAAUACGAUGAGGCUAAAGAGUAUUUCAAAGAAGCGCUUCUCAUUACAACAGAAAUUGACAACAGAGAAGGAGAAGGAUCAUGUUAUGCAAACCUAGGUAGUGUGUUCGAGUCACUUGGGCAAUACGACAAGGCUAAAGAGUAUCUCCAAAAAGCGCUUGUCAUCGCAACUGAAAUUGACCACAGAAAAGGAGAAGCAGGUGACUACGGAAACCUAGGAAUUAUUUUUAGAAUUUUUGGAGAUUAUGAAGCUUCGGAAGUAUACUUGGAGAAAGCUUUAUCCAUACCCAGAGAUAUUGGAGGUAGAAGAUUU